AUGCAAAUGCUGGACACUACAGACGUGGCUGAAAAAUACAGAGUUGAUGUUGUUAUCUAUGACUUAACGUUGAAAUCGAUGAGCUACAAAUACGAAGGAUUUUAUGUUCAACUUACAAGAUGUGAAAAUGAAAGAAUUUCAAAGAAAAUAGUAAAUUACAUGAUUUGUCCCGUAGAUUUAGACUAUGCAAUACUGCUCAUUUCUGAAGGCAGUUUAGACUACGCGAAUUUCAUUAAGAAUAUAUUUUUAUUGCAUGAAGACACGUCAUUAAAGAUAAUUGUAAUAAUGAGUGACUAUGCAAGCGGUAAAAACUUAAAUGAUGUGUUUGCUGCACUCAUUAAAGCAGGUUACUACAAUGUCUACUUAAUGAGUCAUAGCACUUCUGGAAAUUACAGUUUAUAUCGAACAAAUCACCAAACUGUGGCUAAAAGACGUCCUGAAUAUUUCCCUGAAUUGAUCCAAGACAGGAAGUUUGUUUUGUUAAGGGAUCGAUUGCCAUCUAAUUACCGGAUCCAGUUUAGACUUAACAUUAUAUUUUAUAACAACUAUCCCAUGUCUUACAUGAAAAAUGAUCAAAUUGUCGGUGCUGAAGGGAAUCUUAUUCGAGAACUUACUGCAAAACUCAAUGUGAGGUUUCGAGUUAUUAACAAUCCAGACACAGCAAUGUCUCCUGGUAAAAUCUAUUCACUGCUUAGAAAUCCGAAUGAUAUUUGCAUUUUUACAAACUUUAUCAUGCUUACUAGAAAUCUUGAUGGAGCUUGGCUGUAUCAAAUGGAUGGACUAUGUCUGCUAGUUCCACGAAACAUUCCUGUGUCAUCAUAUGAAAACUUUACUCUACCACUGGAUUAUGUAUCGCUGUUUCUUGCAUUCAUCUCGAUAGUGUUGCUGAUUGUUACUUGGAGAUUUAUGUCUAUUUAUACAGGCAGUCGAAGAUCAAUUUCCUCAAUUCUUUUGUCUGUUUAUGAGCUGGUGUUGAAUCUUGGUGCAUCUGGAAUUGAAGAACUUAGCAGCCAUGAAAAUAUCAUGAUCUAUUGCUUUAUAUUUGGAUCCUUCAUCUUGAGUUCAUUUUAUGAGACUAUAAUUCUUUCAUUCAUGCUCACUGAUCCAACAAUGAGAUCAGCAUUAAGCUUGAAAGAAUUAAACAAAAGCAACACAAAGUUCUAUUCCUUUUACGAUAGAAAUACCUCAGUUUUAGGAUAUUUGCCUAUGAUUCGAGAUGAACUGAUCAUAAAUCAUAUAAAUAUUCGAAAUAUGUUACAGCUGGAAGUUCCUAAGAAUUUUGAUAAAGAUUUGGUUUAUUUAGUAACAUGUAAAUAUGCUGACUCAUUCCUAAAGUCAUUAAAUAACUUUCAAGGUCAUCGAAGGCUUUUCGACAAGUUCACAUUAACUCAAACUUAUCAAAGGAUCACAACCCGAAGUGACUUUUUCUACAAUAAAGAACUUAGAGACAUGAUUGAACGUUUUGAAGAAUCAGGAAUCUAUAAAUUAUGGGAAAAAGACAUGGUUGAAUACUAUCAACAAGGAUUUAGAGCUUCAAAUAGCUUAAAUAGUGGACGUGAUCUGAUUGAGUUUGGGGAUAUGGGUUUGCCAUUGGUAGUCUUACUUGCUGGAUGUUUAAUAUCACUGAUUGUGUUUCUUACUGAAUUUAUCAGUCAAAAAUUUAAAAUUUUACAAUGUAAUAAAGUUGCACAUGGAAUAAACAAGUUGAGCAUCCGAAAAGUCAAUCUUAAUAAAUGGAAGAGGAAAUUUAUACUCAAGAAGAAACUCAAACUUUUGAAACAAGGAGAUUUAGAUAAACAAUGUAUUGAUAUGAAAGUUUCUAUGACUUCAAACUACGAGACAUUAAAAUGCAGAGAAUCAGUUAAAGGAGGAUACUUUGCCCUUCCAACUAUCACAUAG